CUUGAUUCCAUAUGAUAUAAAAAUCCUAAAAUCUAUGAAAGCUUGGCAAAUUAGUAAAUUUAAAAGCCCUUUAACUCUGAUUCAAAAAAAUAUUCCAAUAAUUACUUCACCAAAUGAUUUACUUAUAAAAAUAUGUGCAUCAAGUAUCAAUCCCUUAGAUAUUCAAAUGAAAGAAGGAUAUGGACAAAAUAUUAUUCAAGUAAUGAGAAAAUUAAAUGGAAUACUGACUGGGAUUAAACAACCUGAUUUACCUUUAACGCUAGGGAGAGAUUUUUCAGGAGUUAUAUGUGAUACUGGCCUAAAUGUUAAAAGCUAUAAAUUUGGAGAUGAAGUUUGGGGUACAUUAGGAGUUCAAAGAACUUUGGGAACUCAAUCGGAAUUCACUACAGCAUCUUAUAAAAGUGUAAGCUUAAAACCAAAUAAUAUUGAGCACUUUGAAGCAGCAUCUUUGCCAUAUAUUGCCAUGACCACUUUUUCCUCUAUUGUUAAUACAAAUUUCCCAUUAUCCCUCAAAUUAUUUUGUAACUAUGAAAGUGAUAAUAAAUUUUUCAAUAAAACUCAUGAUAAUAGUCAAUAUUAUGACCACACAAAAAAUGUAAAUGAUGAUUUAACUGAAGAGAAAGCAAAUAAGAAGUCAUCUCCAGAUUACACAUAUACAGAAAUUAUGGAUAGUGGGGAUGGAAAUAAAGAUUGUUUAGAUGAUAUUUUAAUUAAAAACAUUCAAAACAAAAAUAUUCUUAUAAGAGCUGGCUCUGGUGGAAUAUCAACAUUUGUUGUGCAAUUAAUGAAAGCUUAUAAUGCUAAAAAUAUUGUGGUGUUAUGUAAUCCACACAGCUUUGAUCUCAUGGAAGAACUUGGUGCUUAUCAUACUAUUGAUUAUAAAGCCUCAGACGUUAUUCAACAAUCAAGAAUUCUUGGCCCUUAUGAUCUAGUGUACGACGCAAUUGGUAAUAAAUUUUCAUCCAGCACUUCCUCGAAUCUUGAUGAUCGGCAUUCCAUAAAAUCUUACAUGAAUCUCCUCAGGCCUUACAACAAAUCGAAAUACAUUACCGUUUCUUCCCCUUUGCUCAGUAACGCGGAUAAAUACGGAGUCUUCCCUCUAGGAUUGGGCAAAUCCUUUUUGGACUAUAAUUAUGAAUCCAUUAGGGCUUUAAUGAAAGGUAAUUUAUUCUACUACGGAUACUACAUGCCAAACGCUCACUUUAUGCGCAGGUUAACCCAAUUGGUCGAAAGUGGAAAGAUUAAGCCAGUUAUCGAUCGAGUUUUUCGAUUCGAUGAUUUGCCGCGAGCUUACGAAUAUUUCGGGGAUAAGGGCCUAUCAAAGAAGGGAAAAAUUGUCAUCGAUAAUACAAAAGCCUCGCCGCCAGAUUAAUUUUUCAAUUUUUAUAAACAGCUGUUUAAUUUAUUAUUUAUAUUAUUUUCACCCAUCCAUUUCAAAAUUUUUCAGGAAAAAUUUUUUUUUAUUAUAAAAAAAUAAAAAUUUAAGUAUAUAAAAAAUAUAAAAAAAAAUGAAUAAUAUAUUUAUAUUGUAUAAAUUUUAUAAAUACGCUUUAAAUAUUAUUAUUAUUUUGUAUAUCAAAAAUA